CAAGUGAGGAUUCCUUCGCCUGCAAGCAAAGCUCUGGUUUCUUGAUGUCCCCUGGCUACUUCGCUUCCUAUGCCCCUAAUCUGGACCUCUCGUGGGACAUAGCGACCAAACCGUGGACGCAGAUCAGCCUGGCUUUCGUCGAACUCGAUGUGACCUCAUUGGAACAAUCAUGCGACGAGGACUACGUCAUUGUUAUGGAUCUGUCAUCCCAGAGCUCACUCGGGCGAUUCUGCGAUCAGAAGAAACCUGAGGGAUCGGUUGUGUCCUCGUUAAACCGAAUGGAGAUCACGUUCCACUCUGACAGCAUCGGAAGUGGCUACGGGUUCAUAGCUGAAUACUCUUCGUCGAUACUCAUCCCUGAUGCGGUCAACACCACAAAGAAUCAUUCCUGUCCCGAUGGAUGGGUCGUUUUCAAAGGUUCCUGCUACCGUUUGAUCAUCAACCAUGAAGCUCUUACUUGGAACGAGGCAGAACUAGUUUGUCAGGAAAGCCUUGGUGGUCACCUAGUGAGCAUUCGUGAUGAAGACGAAAUGAUCUUCCUACAUUAUAUGAUCUCUUCCCAAUGGGAGGCGACAGAGACUGAGACAUAUAUAGGAAAGUAUUCCAUUCAUUUAUGUCGCAUUUUCUUGAAGUUACAAAGUUAA